UCCUCCGGAAGCAGCCGAACCGGAAGCGCUGCUGCACCGAAACAUCCGGCUGCGUUCAGAGGCAAUGUGACCCAGAGAGAAGACAGCUUGUGAUUCCAUGCUGGGACAGCAGCAGUAAUGUUGUGAAGUAAAGGCACUGUCAAAAUGUCCUCAGGCCACCGUCUGAGGGAUGUGGAGCAGCAGCGGCCCCUGUUGGACGGGGAGGAGGACGAAGGAGAGGGCAGAAGUUCCAGCAGCGAAGCCAAGCAGCUCUGGUUCAUUCAGGACUGCUGUGGCAUGGUGUGUGCCUUCAUCACCUGGUUUCUGGUCUUCUUUGCGGACUUUGUGGUCACCUUCGUCAUGCUGCUGCCUUCCAGAAGCUUCUGGUAUGCUGUGGUUAACGGGGUGCUCUUCAACAGCCUGGCUGUGCUAGCGCUGGCCUCCCACCUCCGCACCAUGCUGACUGACCCGGGUGCCGUUCCUAAAGGAAACGCCACUAAAAUACACAUGGAGAGUCUGCAGCUGAAGCCGGGCGAGGUUAUCUAUAAAUGUCCAAAGUGCUGCAGCAUCAAACCGGAGAGGGCUCAUCACUGCAGUAUCUGUAAGCGCUGUAUCCGAAAGAUGGACCACCACUGCCCCUGGGUCAACAACUGUGUCGGGGAGAAGAACCAGCGCUUCUUCGUCCUCUUCACCAUGUAUAUAGCUCUCAUCUCCAGCCACGCUCUGGCUCUCUGUGGAUACCAGUUCAUCACCUGCAUCAGAGUCCAGUGGAGAGAGUGCAGUGAUUUCUCUCCUCCGGUGACGAUGAUGCUGAUGAUUUUCCUCUGUAUGGAAAGCCUCUUGUUCCUCACCUUCACCGCUGUUAUGUUCAGCACUCAGCUCCACUCCAUCUGCAACGAUGAGACGGAGAUUGAGCGCCUGAAAAAUGAGAAGCCAACAUGGGAGCGUCAGACUCGCUGGGCGGGGCUGAGGUCGGUGUUUGGAGGUCGCCCGUCGCUGCUCUGGAUCAGCCCCUUCGCUGGACUCAAGCUGCCAACUUUUCUCCCCAAACGCACCUGGAAGAGCGGGCCGGAGUUCUCUGUCUGAUGCAAGUCCAACCACAGCGCUGGAGCUGUGUGGCUGAGAGGGUCUGCUGGGACGCUGCCACGUCUGUCGCUGGAGGCUGAUCAUCCCGAAGGCUCAAGUUCUGACCUUGUUGAGGACGAUCUGGUGUAAAACAAGAUCUUAGAAGGACUGACGCUGCUGAAUGUGUGGAAAAUUUAAGUAGUUUUUCCAUGUUUAUGACGGCAGUUAGAUUUGAAUUGUGAAUGUUUUUUUAAUUUGCUCCUUAAGAUGCUGGAUCUUCUUAGAGCAGUUAUUGACUACAGAAGUCUAACUGACCAACUACCAUAAAGUUGGACCGUUUCUCUGGACAAUGUUUUUACGUGUCACAGUUGUUCUGUGCUGUGUGCAUCUAUUCAACUGACAGUCAAUGAGAUGAAAUUAUAAAAAUAUGACAUGAUUUUUCUUUUAUGUUCAUUUUAAAUGCUAUAACAAACAUUUGUUAUCUGUUCAAUAUUCUACACCAUUGUUUCACCUUCCUUAUCAACACAAUCUAAAACUGUUGCUUGGUGACCUCUUUCAGCCAGUUUAACACCAAAGUCCACACCUUUCCAGACAUUAUAUUGGACCUCAUGCAAGAAAGCUGUUAUUCUAAACUUCUCAGAGGUUUGUUUGCAGCAGUGUUCUCAGUUUCAUUUAGCACUUCUGCUUAUUGUACAAAGCUGCCUGUUCUGCUCCCCUUAUUAGAAAGAUCCACUUACAGAAAUAGCGUAUAUUAGACAUGAGGUAAGCUGUAAAAGAAACUGGCUGUAAAAGUUGUCACACAAAUGUUGUAUUUGGCAAACAUCAAAAAGAAAGAAAAAAUGGAAUUAAAAUAAAGAAAAAUAUCCAAUCGUCAGCUAUGAUACACACUCCCAGAGAUUACUUUCCAGUAUUAUUGUCCUAGCUGACCAAUAUUUCUAUCCCUGGAGCCAGAUUUUAACCGGCCACUUUGGUCCAGCUUGAAACUGCUCAACAACUAUUGGAUGGAUUGUUCAAAAUUUGAUUUACACAUUCAUGCUCAUGUUGCAAUAGCUGUGAUGAUCCUGUGAUUUUCUAUUUAACAUCAAAAUGUUUUCAUCCAAACCUUCAUAACCACAUACCUGCAGAAGCAACUUACUUUGAGGGUUAACCCUAACCCUAAUGUUUAAGGCCAUAUGUCACCAUGAUAACAUGCUAAGCUAACAUGGUAACAUCACUAAUGCUAGCAUGCUAAGGGACCUCAAAGGACAAGUACAACAAUACAAGAGCUGCAGAUUCUUAGUCUUGUUUUAUUUCUUUGUUGCUUUAGUUUGGUUCAUUUCAGAAACAUCUAAAACGUAGUUCAUUUCUAACUCUUCAGUCACAUAAGUGUGUUCCCCUCCGUCGCAGACUCAUGACUGAUGUUCUAGACCCGGACCGCUCCUUUGUGGUAAAAUGUAACUGUUCGGUGUGUAGAAAUCGAAAGUGCAUUGUGCAAUGUGUGAUUAGUAUCGAGCUUCACUGAGUUGUGCUUUGACAUUCCUGGAGAACUGCAAAUAGUUUGAGCUACAUAGCGUCCAGUAAUACCGUAUAUGUCUGGUUUAGCUUGGUACAGUCUGUUUCAAACCAGGUGGACCCUCAAGACUGGAUGGUUUUCUCUCACUUCUCCACUGAAAUCUGAAAUCGACCUGUAAACCACAUGGGACCAAAAGCUGAUUUUAGUGUUUCUCUCUGGUCAUCUCAUGCUGCUUCUUCCUCCUGCUCAGGGGAGUCUUCUUUACUCGUAUUUCACUGAAAUUUCUCUCCUCUAGUGUUUACCUCUGCAAAAGAAGUAAGGUCAUAAAAAAGUUUUUAAUAGUCUGAAGUAGUUGAACAAAAACCACCGGUAAGGUAUGAUGCUUUUCAAAAUGGACGUAUUUUUCUAUCACUUCUGAAAUGAGUACAGCUUCUUAGUUUGUGUUUCAUUCGGGAAAGUGCUCAAACCAUCUAAAGCAUUGUGCAUCUGAAAAAGUUUAGAGAAUCUGCCUUGCCACUGAAUGUACCUAAGUUGGAGUGACUGUCUCUUUAUUUUUUAUCAGAUUAGAGUCUUUUAUAUGUCGACAUUUUUCUUACUUUUCCAACAUUUAUUAAACCAAGAUCAUCUCUACUUAUUGAACGCAUCUCAGCGUGGAGCUGUUUUAUGUAGAAAAAAUUGUUGUUUGCUAUUUGAUGCUCACUAAACUAUGAAAGUUCAACAACAACAAAAACAACACCGUGGAUCCUUAGAGGAUACGUCCUUCAGAUUUAAGAAAAAGCUACUUUUUUCCUCUGUAUCAUCAGUAGAAUGUUGUUUUCGUCCAGCACUUCUUUUCAGUUGUGGAGUGCAAUAAAGUGACGUCCACUGGCCUCCAA